AUGAGUUUCGGAGGUCUGUGUUCGGAGGAUGCCUUCCUUGAUUACACCGUGUUCGAUUCCAGCCACGCAGAGGAGAUUUGCUCACCACCAUGUGGAUGUUUUAACAACGAUGACGAGCCAUUCGUUGAUACAGAUCUACCAGAAACAUGGGAGACGCAAGGAUUGCAGUUUGAAUUAUACACACCAGAAAAUCCCGAUACUCAUGUUGACAUCCUUUGGGACAACAUUCCAUCGGAGUACGAUCCUAGUAGACCAACACGGUUUAUUAUUCACGGAUGGUGGGGACAGAGUGGGGAACCUGAUACAUACCCAAGGUUGGUAAAGGAUGCACUUCUGGGUUCUGGAGACUACAACGUCAUUGUGGUUGAAUGGACUGAAGGAGCUUCACACCUCUACUACCCCCAGAGUGCUAUGAACACAAGGGUAAUUGGCGCAUGCGCAGGUCAUAUGGCUUCCACACUGGUGUCGUCUGCUAGUGCAAGUUGGAGCGGCAUGCAUUGUAUCGGUACCAGCCUUGGGGGUCAGACUUGUGGAUUUAUGGGCGAGGCCACGCGGGCGCAAAUGGCAAGAGCUACUGGUUUAGAUCCGGCAGGACCGAUGUUCGAUGUCACUGACCCAAGGGGAAGAAUUGACGCCUCAGACGCUCAAUUCGUUGACAAUAUCCAUUCGAACACCAACAACGAUUUCAUCAACUUGGGACUUGGAAACCCAGUGGGACAUGCGGAUUUCUACCCGAACAAAGGUGGAAUUCAGCCACCAUGUGAUAGUUUCGUUUGCGACCAUGGUAUGGCUACCGAGUACAUGCGAGUGUCCAUUGUGGAAGGUUCACGGUGUCAAUACUCCGCUUAUCCCUGUAAUGACGAGGAUGAUGCUGAUAAUGGGGGUUGUGAGAACUGCAUAGCGGGGACAGACUGUCAGAGAAUGGGUUACUAUGCCAACACGAUGCCUGGUAGAGGAACAUUCUUUCUGAGAACGGUUGCGGAUUACCCAUACUGUGAGAAUUAGAUGGACCAAGAGUGAUGGCCUGAGUUUUGUCAAUACAUCCUGAAACACCUGUAAAUCUAAAUCUAAAAAAUUAAAUUUGGAUAUGAAAAACAUUGUGCCAUUGUGAUAACUAUGAAAACCAUAAAUAUUUAUCUAUGUUUUGUUAAUCUGAAUUGAAAGAUGAUAAAAACUGUAUAUAAAAAAUAAUCUACGUUUUGCUAAUUUAAGUCAAAAUUCAAUAAAACCGAA